UCCCUAUCUAUUUAUCAUUCACACAGAAAGUUGUGAGGAAUGGCGUCUGAAGUUACCUUCCCCGGUGCCGAAUGGACGUCGUACGAUCCAUGGUUCCAUAUCACUGAAACACCACUUCCCGCAACGAACUUCAUCGAGUUUCAGACAACGGCGAACAACAUCUCGGAGGUUGGAACGACAGACCGCUCCAACGAAACCCCUGCCAAUCGCAACAUCGUCGCACUUGUCAUUCUACCAGUCGUACUGAUAUGCGGUCUCGUCGGCAACACUCUGGUUUGUAUUGCUGUUUUUAGGUUCGCUCCACUCAGAAUCGUUGCUAACUAUUUCAUCGUUUCGCUAGCAAUAGCCGACCUGGCAGUAUGUGGUAUUGUCAUGCCGUUAGCUGCUAUACAGGAACUGGCAGGUGAAUGGCGCCUUGGUAUAAUCAUCUGUGAUGUCUGGGUGUGUCUUGAUGUCCUUAUGAGCACGGCAUCCAUCUGGAACCUCUGCGUCAUCGCUCUCGACCGCUACAUGGCCAUCACACGACCUGUCUGGUACGCUCUCCGUCGGACACCGUUAAUGGCAACGGUGGCUAUUACCGUGGCCUGGGUCCUCUCUAUCAUCGUCAGCAUUCCCGCCCUCCUCUUCGUCGGCGGCUACGACCCAACGACGAGUAACUUCUGCGUUCUCAACAUCAGCCCUGUCUUUGCGAUCAUCUCGUCGAUGGUUUCAUUCUACAUUCCGUGUGUCAUUGUCUUGAUCGUUUACCAGAGGAUUCUUGUGGCCGCGCGACACCAUAGUCGUCGUCGAGUACGUCCAGCGAUUAUGAGCGUGUCGACGGUACCGGCUGCCACGGUAAAGGCAACGACACGAGCAGCAAACAAUGGUAGCUCGACUGCAUGCAGCAGCAGCGCUACUAGUAGCAACCCCACAAGCAGUAACCCUUCGGCAACUCCUUGCAACAAUCGCAAUAGUCAUACAAAUAACAAUGUCAGUGCAACGAACAGUGAGGGACAACCGAGUGCGGCAUCGCUGAAUCCAAGUAUGAAUACCAAACCUAACAACCAACACCUAAUGGAAAUAAGUCUGGAAAACACUGAUAUAAGUGCUGCAGAUAAAUUAAGUGAUGAAAGGACGCAAUCUGCAAACGGAGCAAACAAUGUUACAGAAGACGGGCAGAUUGAUAAAAAACAUUUAUCGGUAAAACCCCAAACGAAGCGAGUGACAUUGAUUGCUGAUGACGCUCCAACGACGCUGGCGAUAGCGAACGCCGUCAACCACCAUCGAAACCAUCCUGCGUUCGUCAGACGGCGACAGAUAUCGGUCUCCCGCGAACGGCGUGCCGCGUUUGUUCUCGCUAUAGUAGUGGGUGUCUUCAUCUGCUGCUGGUUACCGUUUUUCAUUAUAAACGUUCUUCUUGGGAUCUGCCCAAACUGUCCCGUCUCUCCUAUUGCAUUUCAGGUUGUUACCUGGCUUGGAUGGUGUAAUUCUAUUCUAAACCCCAUAAUUUAUACGACUUUUAACCGCGACUUCAGAAACGCUUUCAGAAAAAUCCUUUUCUGUGGAAAAUUAUAGUGUAACAGACAGAUUCAAAUUGGUGCUCUCACCAUUUAUCGUGCUUUUUUCGGACGUCAGAAUUGAGAGCUUUUAACAAACCGCAAGUUCAGAAAUGCUUUCCGGAAAAUCCUCUUCUGUGGAAAGUUAUAGCUUGCCAGAUUCGCUUUGUGUAAGGAUACUGACAUGUAUUCUCCGGACGUCAGAAAUUGAUGAAUUAUAAAUUAUGCAAAUUGAUAAGGAUAUACUGCUUGUCUGUCUGAGCAAGAGAUGUGGAAACUAUCGAAAGGGAAGAACAUUUAGAUUAUUAUUUCACUUCAUUAUCUUUUGGACUAAGGAAAAGAGUCACCUUUAUCAAACUCCCUGACCAUGAAAUCAAGAGGAAUAUAAUUGAUUCAUGUCCUCGUGAACAUGUUUAAAGGUCAAGUCCACCUCAGAAAAUGUUGAUUUGAAU